AUGGCAGGUUUUUGCACCACUCCAUGGAGGUGGAUUUCUGGGAUCUUAGCAAUAUUGUGCCUUUUGUUGAUGGCUAUUUUGGGAAUUGUGUUGAAAAACUAUUCUGUCUGUUGUUCUUGCCAGGAAAGAUGGAUCCUGUACAGAUGCAACUGUUACUUCAUUUCCAGUGAACCAAAAACUUGGAAUGAAAGUCAAAAUAUCUGUGUUUCUCAGAACUCCACACUUUUUCAGAUGCACAACAGAGAUGAAUUGCACUUUAUGAAAUUAAGUAGCAAAUUUUACUGGAUUGGAGUCAUCUACAGUAAAGAACUACAAACCUGGGUGUGGCUGAAUGGCACUGCUCUCCCUCCAGAUCUAUUCUCAUCCUAUAAAACUACAAAUCCGAAGAACUGCAUAGUAUACAACCCAAACCUUGGUGUUCAGGAUCAAGCCUGCAUGUGGACACAAUUAUUUAUCUGUAAGCAAGAACUUACAGGUGUUUCUUGGAGCAGAAGUGGAGAAUGA